AUGUCAACUGAGACAGAACUUCAGGUGGCUGUUAAAACCAGCACAAAGAAAGAUUCUAAGAAGAAAGGUCAGGAUCGCAGUGAAGCCACUUUAAUAAAAAGGUUUAAAGGAGACGGUGUUCGAUACAAGGCAAAACUCAUUGGGAUAGACGAGGUUUCUGCAGCACGAGGUGACAAGUUAUGCCAAGAUUCCAUGAUGAAAUUAAAGGGAAUUGUUGCUGCAGCUCGUUCAAAAGGAGAACACAAGCAGAAAAUAUUUCUAACCAUUUCCUUUGGAGGGAUCAAAAUUUUUGAUGAGAAGACAGGACUACUCCAGCACCAUCAUGCAGUUCAUGAAAUUUCAUACAUCGCAAAGGAUAUCACGGACCAUCGGGCCUUUGGAUAUGUGUGUGGAAAGGAAGGGAAUCAUAGAUUUGUGGCAAUAAAAACAUCCCAGGCAGCUGAGCCUGUAAUUCUGGAUUUGCGGGACCUCUUUCAACUAAUUUAUGAGUUGAAACAAAGGGAAGAGCUGGAGAAAAAGGCACAGAAAGAUAAACAGUGUGAACAAGCAGUAUAUCAGACAAUUUUGGAAGAAGAUGUAGAAGAUCCUGUUUACCAGUACAUUGUGUUUGAGGCUGGACAUGAGCCAAUCCGUGAGCCUGAAACAGAAGAAAACAUUUAUCAGGUUCCUACUAGCCAAAAGAAGGAAGGUGUUUAUGAUGUGCCAAAAAGUCAACCUGUAAGUCUGGAGAAUGGAAACCUAUUGUUGGACAUAGAUGAAAAUCUUGAUAGAGUCACUCAGGCUGUUCCCCAGCUAGAGUUGUUUGGGGACAUGUCCACUCCUCCCGAUGUAACCUCUCCCCCUACCCCUGCAACUCCAGGUGAUGCCUUUAUCCCAUCUUCAUCCCAGUCACUUCCUGCCGGUGCAGAGGUUUUUAGUUCUGUACCUUACAGCCCUGCUGCUGUACCCUCAGGUUAUGUUGCAAUGGGAGCUGUCCUGCCCUCCUUCUGGGGACAACAACCACUUGUUCCACAACAACUGGCCAUGGGUGCUCAGCCUCCAAUUGCUCAGGUGAUGCAGGGAGGACAGUCAAUUGCAUGGGGGCAGCCUGGGAUAUUUUCUCCCACCCAGCAACCAUGGCCAUCUGCAGCUGGUCAGUUUCAGCCUGCUGCCUUCAUGCCAACACAAACUGUUUUGCCUUUACAAGCAGCUGUGUUUCAAGGUACCGUGGCUCCCAUUGCUCCUGUUGCACCUGCAAGCGAUUCCGCCAGACCAAGUCCACAGGCAGAUAGGCCUAGACAGCAAGCAGGAAAAGACAUGUUCAAAGAUUUCCAGAUGGCUCAGCCUCCGCCAGUGCCAUCACGAAAACCAGAUCAGCCUUCCCUCAGUUGUACCUCAGAGGCCUUCUCCAGUUACUUUAACAAAGUUGGGAUGGCACAGGAAGCAGAUGAUUGUGAUGAAUUUGACAUCUCUCAGUUAAAUUUGACUCCUGUGACUUCUACAACGCCAUCGACGAACUCACCUCCAACUCCUGCUCCAAGGCAAAGUUCUCCAUCCAAAUCCUCAGCGUCUCAUACCAGUGACCCUGCUACAGAUGACCUCUUUGAAGAGGGCUUUGAAAGUCCAAGCAAAAGUGAAGAACAAGAAGCGCCUGAUGGAUCUCAGGCCUCAUCCAACAGUGAUCCAUUUGGUGAGCCCAUUGGUGAUACUGUAAGUCCACAGGGCGAUAGCUAG